AUGGCGACCAAAGAGGACCAAUUGAGACCACAGAAUGGUUCGAGCCCCAAUAAGGCAGUACAGGAGAACUUCGAGGGUGCUUUACGGUUAAUGCAAAAAGCUACUGCCAUGCCAAAACGAAAAGUUGCCUAUCAUGACGACACUGAGACAGUGCAAAUGCGGCUAUAUCGUUCUUUAAAAGUGUGGUCUAUGUACGCCGAUUUAGAGGAAUCCUUUGGCACAUUCAAAACCUGCAAAGCUGUCUACGAUCGUAUUAUUGAUUUGAAAAUUUGUACUCCUCAAAUUAUCAUCAAUUAUGGUCUCUUUUUGGAAGAGCACAACUAUUUUGAAGAAGCUUUUCGCGCCUAUGAAAAGGGUAUUGCGCUUUUCAAAUGGCCAAACGUAUACGAUAUUUGGAAUGCAUAUUUGACGAAAUUUCUCAAACGUUAUGGCGGCACAAAGUUGGAGCGUGCGCGCGAUCUUUUCGAACAAUGCUUGGAAAACUGUCCACCCGAGCAUGCUAAGUACUUUUACUUACUGUAUGCGAAAUUAGAAGAGGAGCACGGUUUAGCGCGCCAUGCUAUGGCCGUUUACGAUCGCGCCACUAGUGCCGUCAAGCCAGAGGAGAUGUUUGAUAUGUACAACAUUUUCAUUAAGAAGGCAGCAGAAAUCUAUGGCCUACCGCGUACACGUGAAAUCUAUGAGAAGGCUAUUGAGGCAUUGCCCGAAGAGAACAUGCGGCCUAUGUGUGUGCGGUUUGCAGAGAUGGAAACUAAGCUUGGCGAAAUCGAUCGGGCGCGAGCUAUUUACGCGCAUUGUUCGCAGGUAUGUGAUCCACGCAUAACCGCUGAUUUCUGGCAAACUUGGAAAGAAUUCGAGGUGCGUCAUGGUAAUGAAGAUACAAUGCGUGAAAUGUUGCGCAUCAAACGUUCAGUGCAAGCCACUUACAAUACGCAAGUGAAUAUGAUGGCUGCACAAUUUCUUAAUCAGACGAGCGCAAGCAGUGCCGCAGAUGGCGGUAGUGAUGCGAUGCGUUUGCUUGAAGCCAAGGCAGCAGCAGAGCAACAAGCGCGACAACAACAAACACUCAAACCACAAACCAGUGGAAACAUUAUGUUUGUGCGUGGCGAAACACAAGGAGGCAAUGCAAAGGAUAAGGUGGUCAAUCCGGAUGAAAUUGAUAUUGGCGAGAGCGAUGAAGAUGAGGAAGACGAUGACGAGGCUGAUGCUGGUGGUGGCGCAACAAACGGUGGGAAUGAAGAAAAUGUUAUAGCCGCAAAAAGAUUACGCAUCGAGCAGCAGGCUAUACCGGCAAAGGUGUUUGGCAGUUUGAAAAAAACCACAGAUGAAGAUGAGCAGGAUGUAGAUUAAGUGAAGCGAUUUAGCAGCACAUGAAAAGUUGUAUGCUAGAUAAAAACAUUACUAAGAAUAACCAAGUUAGAUACGCAUAUACCUACUGUAUAAUUAUUUUUUAAAUUAAUGUAUUUAAGCCCAAAACAGCAA